AUAACGUAUGGUGUCCUCAUUUGGAAGAGGAUUCAGGAUUUUGUGGUUCUCCUGGAGCAGUUGCUGAGGAUGAAGGUUGAAGAAACUCCCAGUGUUCAGCACAGGCACCAGGUUCAGAGAAUAUUACUGGAUAUAACUGAGGAGCUGUGACCGGGGAGAGUAGUUCUCACUGAAGGGAGGGGCUGUGCCGCGGAGCCGAGUGCAUGGCCUCUGCCCUCGGGGAGCGUGUAGUCCAGGUGACAGAAUCCUAGUCCUGCUUGAGUUUGAUUCUUGUUCGUUGACUGUUCCCUCUCCUCUCAUUCUGGAUGAUGUCAGAACAGGAUCUGGCGGACGUGGUGCAGAUUGCAGUAGAAGACCUGAGUCCCCAUCACCCAGUUGUAUUGGAGAAUCAUGUAGUGACCGACGAAGAUGAACCAGCAUUGAAACGUCAACGGUUAGAGAUCAACUGCCAGGACCCCUCUAUAAAGUCAUUCCUGUAUUCCAUUAACCAGACAAUAUGCUUACGAUUGGAUAGCAUUGAAGCCAAGCUGCAAGCUCUCGAGGCUACUUGUAAAUCAUUGGAAGAAAAGCUGGAUCUGGUCACAAACAAGCAGCACAGCCCCAUCCAAGUCCCCAUGGUGGCGGGUUCCCCUCUCGGCGCAACACAGACGUGCAACAAAGUGCGAUGCGUCGUCCCCCAGACUACAGUAAUACUCAACAGUGAUCGGCAGAACGCCAUUGUAGCCAAGAUGGAAGACCCCUUGAGCAACAGGGCACCGGAUUCCCUGGAAAAUAUCAUUAGCAAACUAUUUCCUGUUAUCCAUUUGCUGUCAAUCUUGGUGGAAGGAGCUGCAUGGGAAGACUUGGGCCUGGCUGCUCUGAGCGGAGUUAGUCCCUGCGCGGUUCCAGGGCGUCGGCAGAACACCAUUGUGGUGAAGGUGCCGGGGCAAGAAGACAGCCACAACGAGGACGGGGAGAGCGGGUCCGAGGCCAGUGACUCCGUUUCCACCUGUGGACAGUCGGGAAGUCAGAACAUCGGGAACAACGUCACCCUCAUCACCCUGAACUCAGAAGAGGACUACCCCAACGGCACCUGGCUCGGGGAUGAGAACAACCCCGAGAUGCGGGUGCGCUGCGCCAUCAUCCCCUCCGACAUGCUGCACAUCAGCACCAACUGCCGCACGGCCGAGAAGAUGGCCCUGACGCUACUGGACUACCUCUUCCACCGGGAGGUGCAGGCUGUCUCCAACCUCUCGGGCCAGGGCAAGCACGGCAAGAAGCAGCUUGACCCCCUCACCAUCUAUGGGAUCCGGUGUCACCUCUUCUAUAAAUUUGGAAUCACGGAAUCAGACUGGUACCGAAUCAAACAGAGCAUAGACUCCAAAUGCCGGACAGCCUGGCGGCGGAAACAGCGAGGCCAGAGCCUGGCUGUCAAGAGCUUCUCUCGGAGAACGCCGUCCUCGUCCUCAUAUAGCGCAUCAGAGAGCAUGAUGAGCACGCCGCCACCCACCAGUGAGAUACCACAGCCCCCGCCACAGGCCCUGCACUACGCCCUGGCCAACGCCCAGCAGGUCCAGAUCCACCAGAUUGGAGAGGAUGGACAGGUCCAAGUAAUCCCACAGGGUCACCUCCACAUCGCUCAGGUGCCUCAAGGGGAGCAGGUGCAGAUCACGCAGGACAGUGAGGGCAAUCUACAGAUACACCACGUGGGACAGGACGGGCAGGUGCUGCAGGGGGCCCAGCUAAUAGCUGUGGCCUCUUCGGAUCCUACUGCUACAGGGGUGGAUGGGUCACCUCUCCAGGGCAGCGACAUCCAGGUCCAGUACGUCCAGCUGGCCCCAGUGACUGACCACACCACGGCAGCUCAGACGGCCGAGACCCUGCAGCCCACCCUGCAGCCCGAAAUGCAGCUCGAGCACGGAGCCAUCCAGAUCCAGUGAUGCAGGGUGGGCCACCCAACCACGGCAGGACCCAAGGUGGGGCACCGGCUCCAGCCAGCCACCCACUUCUGCAGGCGCCCUGGCCCCACGGCUUCGCACGGUGACUGCACGUGCUCUGUGGAAGUGCACCGGAGCCUCGUCCACAGGGGAGGGUGCGGAGCACUGGACAGAUGGCCAGCCGCGCCCCUGCCAGAAGACCCCUCGUUUGAGCCGCACUGUUGGUGUCUCGAGAAAGCGUGGGGAAGCAGUGUGGACUGCGUUAAGUACACGCAGGAAAUCAAGAACUAC